AUUAAAUAAAAAGUGCAUAAUCAUAAUCAACUAAAUGCAACGUGCAUCCCAACAACACCCGUACCAUGUCGAAAUGCGAACGCAACUCUUCUGAGGACGACAAUCACCUCAUCCGAGAGAAAUACAUCGUUGAUGGUCAUCCAUAUGACUCGCUUUGGGCCUGUGCCAGUUCAUUCUACAACCAAUUUCAGUUCCCGAACCUUGGUUCGGCAACCGAUGCUUUCCGGGCAAGCCUACGCGCGAUUAACAUGGGGGUCACAGGUACCUGCAUUUCGUCAGCAGGAAAAACGACACCAAAAUCUCAUUCCAGGAAAGAGGCAACGCAGCCGUACAACGGAAGGCUUCGUCCAACAUCUAUCGCAGAAGGUGCAAAGGGACACCAUUCGGUCGAGCGCGAAUUUGCUGCUAGCAGGAAAUGCCAUGAUGACUAAAGUAUCACUAGAGGGCCUGGACGCUUUAUCACCAUCAACACUGCUACGGACUCCAACGUGGAACUCAGAUUCAGAUGAGAAGCCUGUUAGCCCGGUACCGUUUCCUACACUCGCCCAUGAACCAUUGACCAGCACUGGAAACCAAACUAUUGUCGGAGAUGGACCAUUUACGAAUCAUCACACGUCUAUAUCAACUGACGACAUUGAAGAGCCGACCGAAGGCGAAAACGAUGAUGCCGAGUUUCCAGACCCAACCAGGAACCUCACACACUUUGAAACGCUGAUUCAGGCAACUUCGUGGAGUUAAUUGCUUCCAGAUGUCUUAUCAGCUGCAAAGAGGGUGGCCAUAAUUCCCGAUAUGAAUGCCAAAUGGCCGACUCUUCAGGCAAUAUCAGAACGUGUUUUCACAUCGAACAACUACGAUGAUGUUGCUCGGGCAAUUA